GCACCGUUUUUUGACGUGCGCUACCACACCGCAUCACCCCAGCUGCUAAGCCUGCGGCAUGAUCACGGGUUCUUAACAGGCGUUGUCCCUCUAGUCUACCAGGCUUUUAAGUAUCUCCUUGUACCCCAAACAUCAUUCCGUUGCGUGUCGGUAACAUGCAGGAGCCAAAUAUGUUCCACAAUAUGUCUGGUCUUUCUCUCGAAGACCAAACCUUGGUCUCUAAAUUUGGAUACGGCCCAAGACUCACUGUUCCAUCCGAGACAGUACACGAAGCCUUUGAGCGCAUUGUUGACGAGCAUCCUACCGUCGUGGCCGCGGUUCAUCAAGGUCAAAGCAUUACUUACCUACAGCUGGACCUCGCUGCCAACCGUCUCGCACAUCAUCUCAUCAGCUCGGGCCUUCGCCCAAGACAAAGAGUAUGUCUAGUCGUUCAGAGAUCGAUAGAGAUGCUCAUUGGCUUCCUGGCGAUACUGAAAGCCGGUUGUCAGUAUGUUCCAAUCGACGGGGGUGUUGCUUCCGACCAGGCCCUGCAACACAUCUUCGAAGAUACAGAGGCGAGAUUCAUCCUAUGCCUUCCAAGGUAUUGGGACAAAGUCAAGCAGUUCGCAAGCCCAGACGCUAUCGUCCUAGAAUUGAACAUGAACACUGGAGCCUUCUACUCUCCCUCAAGACCGGGUGUUCAGGUCACCGCGGAAGAUGGUCUCUACGCCAUGUACACAUCAGGGAGCACUGGCGUACCUAAAGGCGUCGAUGUCAAACACGGCACCAAGACUAGCGCUCUCCUUUCAGAGCCGGGGAAGCUGGGAAUUACAAUUGGCUCAAAGGUUGGACAGGUCUUGAGCAUCUCUUUUGCUAUGGGAGCAUGGGAGAUGUUGGCCUCUUUGAUGAACGGAGGAACAUUAUACCUCCGGGGAUCCGACUGGGAGGCGACACUGAAGCAGAUCGACACGUUAAUAUGUACCCCGUCCAUCCUGUCCAAAUACGACCAACAGAGCUUUCCCAACAUCAAAGUGCUCGCCGUAGCAGGCGAGGCAUGUCCACAGGCUCUCGCCGAUGACUGGGCUCAAGGCAGAUCAUUCUAUAAUUUGCUUGGCUCCACGGAGACCUUCUUACUGUCUUCACAUCGACAUGUCAAGGGCAAGCACUUGUCCAUCGGCCGGCCACUACCAAAUGUGUCAUGUUAUGUCCUUGAUGACAGAGGAGAGCCCGUGCCAGUAGGGCAAAAAGGAACACUGUGGGUUGGGGGCAGGGGCAUAGCAAAAGGCUACAUCAAUUUGCCCUUGACUACUGCAGAGAAGUUCCAGCUCGACAAAUUCGCAAACGACGGUUCCGUGAUGUACAACUUUGGGAACAUUGUUUGCUGGAGAGCCGACGGCUCGUUAGACUCAUUUGGUCGAAUGGAUGACCAAGUAAAGAUCAAGGGAUUCCGUGUCGAACUUGACGGCGUUACCUCCGUUAUUGAGCAAUUUUCUGGAGUCACACGAGGUGCAUCUUUGGUCAUUGAUGGAGUCCUUCAUGGCUUCUACGCAUCCUCCACCCCCGUCGAUGAGCGAGAACUCGACACCUUCCUCCGAAAACAACUGCCUUACUAUUCCGUGCCGGAACGAUGGUUUCGCGUUGACGACGUGCCGUUGAACGCCAACGGAAAAGUUGACAAGGCACAACUUAUAGCACUGGCUGCAGCAACAAUUUCUCCCAAGGCAGAAGUCGAAAUCACAAAGAAGGGGCAUAUGCGAAUGGACUCGGGCGUUGAUGUCUCAGAUGAGCCUAGGAAGGUCGAAGCUCCCCUUGCCGCCAUCAUACAUGACAGCCCACGAGCUUCGUCACGCGAUAUUGAUCUCGAAAAAGGUUUCAUAACUAAGAGUGUUGAGCGUCGUUCGGGAACGGAAAGCCCUGGGCCAUUCGAGAUACUAACUGCGUUGCCGCAACCCACAUUGUCGAACACACACGCCUGGGUACGACAUCGCUGUUUGAUUGCAUAUCGCUGGCUGCUCCUCCCCGUUGUCCUUACCAACAUUGGAGUCGCAUGCUGGCUUCUUUACGACAACAUCAAGCAACACACAUACCCGCUCUCGGCGGUCGCAAACGCAACUGCGGCGAACCUCUGCGCUGCGAUCUUGAUCCGAUCGGAGCCAGUCAUCAACCUGUUGUUCAAAGUUUUUUCAUCGGUUCCCACGUGGGUGCCUCUUAGGAUACGGUGCAUAUGCGCAAAUGUUUUCCACAUUGGCGGUAUACACGUGGGAUGCGCUAUUGCCGCGCUUAUAUGGUUCGUCAUAUUUGUCAUCGGUGCGAGCUUGGAGAUGGCAAAGAGUGUGGAUGAAAGAGCCAUGUCAGUAGCGCCGGCGGUACUGUCCUACUUCAUCAUGUUCUUGCUGCUUACAAUGACCGCGAUGUCGCACCCGUACCUCCGGAACCGGUACCACGAUUUAUGGGAGGGCUUGCAUCGAUUUGGUGGAUGGACAGUAUUGAUCCUCUACUGGGUGCUCAUCGGACUGUCCACCGCAGAUAUGGGUCGUCAAGUGGGAUACUCGACGUCGGAGGCCUACCUCAGGAAUCCGUCGCUAUGGCUCAUCGCAGUCGCUACCUGCGCGAUCAUCUUCCCGUGGCUGUUUCUCCGACGUGUUCCUGUCAUACCCGAAGUUCUUUCUUCUCAUGCGGUCCGGUUACAUUUUAAUUCGAACCUUGGGCCAGGCAAAGGCAUACGUCUUGCGCAACACCCACUUGGAGACUGGCAUGGCUUUGCAACAAUUACCAAUGGACCGAACAACGGCGGGUACUCUGUGAUUGUUAGUCGGGCUGGCGAUUUUACAGGACACAUGAUCGACACUGCACCAACGCAUAUAUGGAGACGCGGAAUCCCCACUUCGGGAGUGCUCCGUAUUGCAACAUUGUUCAAGAGUGUGGUUGUGGUAGCUACGGGGUCCGGCAUCGGCCCAUGUCUCUCUAUUUUUCCGUAUAAGCACAUUGCCAUGCGCAUUCUCUGGACAGCGCCCAACCACGAGGCAACGUUUGGAAAGGCAAUGGUCGAGGAUGUACUCCAGAGGGACCCCAAAGCCGUCAUUCACAACACGCGCAUGUCUGGAAAGCCGGAUAUGAGUCUGUUGACGUAUAACCUCUACAAGGAGAGCGGGGCGGAGGCGGUGCUAGUGAUUAGCAACAAACGGUUCACACAACAGAUUGUGUUUGACAUGGAGAAGAGGGGGAUACCGGCGUACGGGGCGAUAUUUGAUUCUUAGGCUUGCAUUGGGCCUACGCGCUAGACGAGACGACACACACGACUUGACGAUUUCCGAGUCAUGAUGUUAUGAGUUACAUGUAUGUACAUAUUGAAUGAACGAUGUUCCAUGUCCAAAGUAGUCCUGGCACGUUGCCUCUUUGCGAAGGUGCAAGCAGAAGCAGUAGCCCGGUGGGGUUCUCCGCUGCUGCUGGACACGUGAGCAGUCUUGGCAGCUGGGCAAUCCGACACGCACUCCAACUCCCAGCAUGGCCGUUGCCUACUUCCUGCCUUGGGUGCGCAUCAUUUCCGUACGCCAUCGAGAUGCCCGAGCCUGCGUCGCUGAGAAAAGAAAGAAAGAAAUCAAGCGUCGGAUGCCCCGGUGCCCCUGAGGCUGCCCAGCUGGAGACACCUUCCGUUCACAUGGGCUGCUCCGCAGUUCCUUUCCUUGG